AUGACCUCCUUUCAUAUGCAGGCGACCAUAUUUACCAGGGCUGCCAGCCUGGCCUCAGCAGCCCUGCGCCUCAGCCACACGUUGUCGGAGGGCGCUGCGGAGGGAAUGCUAAACAUGUGCCAGAAUAUAUACGAAUUAUUGCGACCCGCUGUACGACAGCGUACGGAGCCAUACCCCGAGGACCUUACUGGCAAGGUGGCCAUCGUGACGGGCGGCAAUGCGGGCAUCGGCUUCGCGACCGCUCAACAACUGGCUCGGCGCGGGGCGCAUGUCGUACUGGCGUGCAGGGAUAAGGCCCGCGCGGAGGCGGCAGUCCAGGCCAUUGCACAUUGGACACCAGCUCUCCCAGGAUGCGGCCCCAAGGCAACUGCCACCGCCUCAGCUUCCGCCGACCACAGCCCCACCGGCAUUCGUGUGGAAUCCAUGGAUCUGGAUUUGGGUCGGCUGUCAAGUGUACGGAGCUUUGCGGAGGAGUGGCGGCGCAGGGGCCUGCCCCUCCAUCUGCUGGUGUGCAACGCCGGGGUGAUGGCGCCGCUAGAAAAGACGUUGACAUCUGACGGGUUGGAGGUGCAGUUCCAGGUCAACUUCCUUUCCCACUGGCUGCUGACACACUUGCUGCUGGACCAUGAACGGGAGAGGCGCCGCGAACAGCAGCAUGCCACGACGUUGAUGGCCGCCGCCACGGCAGCAGCAGCAGCAGCAGCAGCAGCAGGAAAAACACCUAAAGCAGCAGCAGCAGCAGGAGAAGCAGGGAAGCCGUGUACAAGCAACUGUAGCGGGGGUGGGGCUUGUGGCGACGCUAUCCUGGAUAGGAAAGACGGGAGUUGCAAUCCAGCAGCGGGAGCUGUACGAACGCCACAGAGCGCCUCAUCCACCCGUGUGGUUAUUGUUAGCAGUGUCGUACACCGGGCGGGAGUACUGCAGUGGAGCGACUUGCUGAGUCAGCGGAGCUAUGAGCCGUACAUCACGUACGGCCUAUCCAAACUUGCAACGGUCAUCUUCGCCAAGGAAUUGCAACGAAGACUCGACCGGCACCCCGAGUACGGCUUGUACGACACUGCCGUAGCGAUCCAUCCGGGCAUCGUCCGUACGAACCUGGCAAACGGCUUCUUCCGUACGUACACGUUGAGUUCGGUGGCGGGAACCCCCCUGGAGCCGCUUCGAGGACUGUGGCAACGUGCUUGGGACAAGGCCGGUCAGGUGCUUCUGACCUCUCCAGCCCAGGCCGCUGAGCGCAUGUUGGCGGCGUGUCUGGCCCCCCCCGACCAAGUGGCGGGGAAGUACCUGGCGCUGGGCCGGGUCUACUCGGCUGACGCG